AUGACAUCCACCCCCUCCAUGCGGAGCUACUCAGCAGGACUUCAGCCCUCCUUUUCUAACACAUCAUUCCGUGACAGCACACGUACCCGUGCCAAGGUACCUGUCUCCUUCUCUGCCACCAGUACCCUCUCCUUAUCCCGCUCCCUAUCCUUGGGAAAUGGUCUCAAUACUCUCAGCACUCUGUGUGUUAAUGGCCUGGGGCACAGUGCCAGUGAGAAGGAGACCAUGCAAGGCCUUAAUGACCGUCUGGCUAGCUACUUGGACAAGGUGCACUCACUGGAAAAGUCUAACAGUAGCCUGGAACUGAAGAUCAAGCAGUUAAUGCUGGAGCAAGUACCCAAGGGACAUAAUAUUGAGGGCUUGAUGGCCCAGGCUCACACUAUUGGACAGGAGGUGAGGAAGAGGACACUGGAGAAUGCACGUAUCAUGCUGGAGAUUGACAAUGCCAAGCUGGCUGCUGAUGACUUCAGAAUCAAAUGGGAGGCAGAGGCUACACUCUGUCAGUCAGUGGAGAGAGACUGUCUAGCUCUGAGAAGGGCAAAGUCAGACCAUGACCAGAUCAUUACUACAUUCAGAGGAGAUCUGGACAGUCUGAAGGAGGAGCUGUACUUCCUAAAAAAAAAUCACAAGGAGGAGAUGACUACACUGAAUGUUCGUCGGACCAAUGAACAAGUGAAUGUUGAGGUGGAUGCAGGCCAGGGUCCUGAUCUUGGUGCCAUGAUAGCUGAGCUAAGGGCUCAGUAUGAAGGUAUCACUCGGAAGAACAAGGAGGAUGCAGAGGUCUGGUACAAAAAGAAGCUGGAAGCAGUGCAGACAGAGGUGAAGGAGGGCAAUGAGGUUCUGCAAUGUGCUAAGAGUGAGCUGAAUGAGAGACGACGCCUCCUCCAGGCCCUGGACAUGGAACUGGAUAGCUUGCGAAAACAGAUUGGUGUGUUGGAGGGUAACCUGGGAGAGACAACUCAUAAGUAUGCCCUGGAGAUGGAGCGGCUGCAAAAUAGUAUUUCACAGUUGGAAGAGGAGCUUUCCCAGCUGCGCUUGGACAUGCAGCGCAACAAGACUGACUAUGAGCAGCUGCUCCAUGUCAAACAGAAUCUGGAGCUGGAGAUCGCCACCUACAGGAGGCUGCUGGAGGAAGAAGAAGCCAUCAAGGAAAUGCCUCUCCCUAAAAAAGAGCCGGAUGUGAGAACCAGGAAGAUUGUGAAGGUGGUCACCCAGACUAUGAUCAAUGGAAAAAUUGUGGAUGAGUCCAGUGAGGUUGAGCAGAUUGAGGAGCACAGGAAAUAA